UAAGGGCGAGCACUUGGUUUUUCGGCUCAACUUUUCUCUUAACACUUCUCCGGACCACCGCGGAGUGAAUGUACGCCAGCUGACCGCAGUCAGAGCGGGUCGUGGCGGAGAGGAGGUGAGGGGACAGCUGCGGAAACCUCCAUUCCUUAAGCGGAUUUCUUUUUUUUUCUUUUGAAUUUUACAGCGCGCGCGCCUCAAAGACUAGUUGUUUCGCUUUACCUGCAGUGGAGUUCACCUGGGAUCCACCAUGGGGGACGUGAUUUCUAGUAACCUGAAUGAAGCCACGCGGGAGAUGAUCACAGCUCGCGUUGGAAAGGUGAUGGGGGAGUUUGGGCGUCUCUACGACCAGCAGUACGGAGUGGCACUCUUUAACAAAGUUCGCUUUGACAUAGAAGGGGGAGGUGGUCCACAACCACAGCUUCUGCACCGCAAGAUUCCUCUGGAGAACAAGUCCAUCUUCUCCGGGUCCCUCGUUCAGUACAUGGAGGAGAACAAGAAAUGGAAGAACCGUUUCCUCUACGUCCCAGACACCUACAACAUCAACUGUUACGACAACAAAGCGUCUCAUGACAAACGCCUCCAUCCAAAAGCAACCAUCAACUGUGCCGGCUACAAAGUGCUGACCUCUAUGGAGCAAUACCUAGAUCUGAUAAACAACAACCUGCCUGAUGUGAAAGCCAAGGUGGGAAGUUCGCCCUUCUUAAAGUGUGCUACUCAGUUCCCUCUGAUCCUAUGGCACCCUUAUGCCCGACACUACUACUUCUGUGUGGGGACAGAGAAUGAGCAGCAGAAGUGGCACGCCGUCCUCCAAGACUGUGUCCGACACUCAAACGAUGGUUUGUCAGACGAGGACAAAGUCCAGACGCCAGCCUUCACUGAUGCUGUGCGACUCUACCGUCAGGCUCAAGGGAAUUACGGCACUUGGGAGAUGAUGUGUGGUGAACCAUCACAGAUCCUGUCUAACCUGGUGAUGGAGUGCCUCCUCUCAGAGCUGAGGGAGGUCAUCUCCCCCCGUCUUAAAGGAAAACUGCACGAGAGGCAGAAGAGCUGGAUGCUGAUCAGUGCUGCAGUGUACAGCCUGGUGCAGGGGCAGUGCCAGGCCCAGUAUGAGGUGGUGUUGAAGAGGUGCGAGGCGGCCCGCUCCUCUCUGGAGACCUCCAUACGAACUGACAUGGAUCAGAUCAUCACUUCCAAGGAGCAUGUCACCAACAAGAUCCGAGCUGUGGUCCUCCCCAAGGCAGAGAAGCUGCUGAAGGUGAGCAUCCAGCCUUACAUCAGCUCCAUCCUGGACGCUCUGAUGGAACCAACCAGCCGAGGCUUCUUUGAGGUCCGUGACGUUUUCUUCAGAGAGCUGGUGGACAUGAGCAAGAACAUCCUCAAUGACAGCACCAAGGAGACGGUGGCACAGCACAUGGAGAAGAUCUGCAUGCUGGCCUUCCAUCCGGUGAAGAUGCAGAGCUGCUACGAGAAGGUGGAGCAGCUGAGUCUGGAGGGUCUGCAGCAGAGGUUUGACGUCUCCAGCCCCUCUGUGUUUGUCCAGAGGGCUCAGAUCCUCAUGAGAGAGCAAAUGGAUGAUGCAGUGUAUACAUUCGAGCAGAUUCUCCAUCAAGCUCUGGAGUCUCAGGGUACGGAGGAUCUCUGUAAAACCAUCCAGCGCUGUCAGGACAGAGUCAUUAAGAAAUUUGACUAUGACAGCAGCACAGUGAGGAAACGUUUCUUCCGCGAGGCCCUCCUCCAGAUAUUCAUUCCCUACAUGCUAAAGCAGCUCAGCCCACCGUUUGCUUCUGAGCUGCCCAACUUCCAGGAGCUGAUCUUUGAGGACUUCUCUCGCUUCAUCCUGGUGGAGAACAUCUUUGAGGAAGUGGUGCUGCAGUCAGUCAUGAAGGACAUCAUGAUGGCUGUGAAGGAGGCGGCUGUCCAGAGGAGACACAACCUGUACAGGGACAGCAUUGUCCUCAGCAACAGUGACCCCAACCUGCACCUAUUGGGAGAAAACCCUUCCAUCGACUGGGCUGGAGAGUAUGGUGGUGCCCAAGAGGAAGUGGAUACAGCAGGAGAUGACACAGAUGGCGACGGAGCCCAGAAGAGGAGUAGGAUGAAGCAGGUAGUGUCCAUGAUCCAGGUGGAAGGUUCCACUGUGGUGGCUGGUGAUUCAUGCAUGGAGGUGCCCAGCAUUGACGACAUCCCUGAGGAGAACUCUGAUGAUAAAUGUUGCCAGAAAGGAUCCGAAGGUUCCGAACAGUCAAAGAACCCUCCGGACAUUUUGAAUGGUUCUGUCUUAAAGGAAGAGGAAGCCAAAGCAGAAGAGUGUGGCAAAGAUGAAGCACCAGUGAAGGUUGAGUUGACACCAGGUCAAGCCAUAAAAGACGACGUUAAGGGAGAGGGAAGUCCACCAGUGGAGGAACAGCCACCAUCGAACCAGGAGAAGUCAGAGCAGCCCUUGAACCAGGGGGAGUCAAAGCAGCCCUUGAACCAGAAGGAGUCAGAGGAGCCCUUGAACCAGAAGGAGUCAGAGCAGCCCUUGAACCAGGAGGAGUCAAAAGAGCCCUUGAACCAGGAGCCAGAGAAGGCAUUGAACCAGGAGGAGUCAAAGGAGCCCUUGACCCAGGAGCCAGAGAAGGCAUUGAACCAGGAGCCAGAGAAGGCAUUGAACCAGGAGGAGUCAAAGGAGCCCUUGACCCAGGAGCCAGAGAAGGCAUUGACCCAGGAGCCAGAGAAGACAUUGAACCAGGAGGAGUCAAAGGAGCCUUUGAACCAGGAGCCAGAGAAGGCAUCGAACCAGGAGCCAGAGAAGGCAUCGAACCAGGAGCCAGACAAGGCAUCGAAUCAGGAGCCACAGAAGACAUCAAACCAGGAGGAGUCAAAGGAGCCCUUGAACCAGGAGCCAGAGAAGGCAUCGAACCAGGAGCCAGAGAAGGCAUCGAACCAGGAGCCAGAGAAGACAUCGAACCAGGAAGAGUCAAAGGAGCCCUUGAACCAGGAGGAAUCAGAGAAGGCAUUGAACCAGGAGGAGUCACAGAAUCCCUUGAACCAGAAGACAAAGGAGCCCUUGAACCAGGAGGAGUCAGAGAAGGCAUUGAACCAGGAGGAGUCACAGGAUCCCUUGAACCAGGAGUCAAAGGAGCCCUUGAACCAGGAGGAGUCAGAGAAAGCACUGAACCAGGAGGAGUUACAAGAGGCAUUGCCUUUGCCACCUCCUCCCAUGGACAUUCCACCCAGUGCCACAGAAAAGGCUCCAGAGGACUUUCCCCCACCUCCACAUGACGACAGUGGCUUCCAGUCACCCACUGGUGAAGUGGUGGAAGUGGUCUCUAACACAACCUCCCCUCAGCCCUCAAAUGAGCACACUGGGGUGAAGGAGACAAAUCCAGCCGCAGAGCCCAAACCCAGUGACUCUGAAACUGGAAACCAGUGAUGAAAUGAUUUCCAAUUGUCUGACCUGUACUGAACCCUUUCACGCCAUUUUAACCACAACAAUCUUCCGUUCACCACACCAGUAGAUGGCACAACAGAUCAUUUUCACCUAGCAGGGCUCGGGUGAACUUUUAAUUACCAGAAGAUUUCAUGUGACAGAAAUACCUUAGUUUUGAAUCCACACAAUCCCUACACUUUAUUUCUCUUCACUUGGUAGAAACAUGAGCACAGUGAAUGGCCUUGGGUCAGUAAUGGUGUGUUAUAAACCUAUGAGGUGUUGGUGAAGUACAUGUUGAUUUAGCUCUUGGGUUGUGUCUAAGUGCUGUGUGGCCUAAUAACCUGCAGUAAAUUACAGUUUAUAUGACCAGGGUUGGUGUAAAUAAUGGUUUUGUAUUAUCAGAGACUCAUUUUGAAAAAAUGUGCCAACAAAAAUCCAAAAUACCUCUUGAUUAUUAUUGGACCUUAUUAUCUAACAAUGAAUACAUUCCAGAAAGUCUUUUUUUCAUUCUCAAACUUGAAUAUAAUUAAUAAAUUGUCUUAAUGAAUACACUGAUAUCUCAGUACUUUUACACACAGUUGUUUUGGUGGGACUGGCACAAUUUUACAUAAAUAUAUAUAUAAGUUUUCCCCUUUUGCAAAGAAAGCUAAUGUAUAUUGUGUAUAAAUGCUCGUACAGACCAGUGCUGACCUACCAAAUUCUCCUUUUACAUCAUUUUAUAUAAUUGCAUCUGUGCCUUAGCUGUUUGCCCCGCCUUCUGUUUUAUUUAUUAUUUUGCACCCCUUUCUCUCUAUUGGACCAGUGAACUUUUAGAUUUAUUUUACCCUUGUGUGAUACAAAUUUCAAAAUAAAUCAUAAUUGAUUAAAUUUAA